AAAGAAUUGACAACGCAUUCGUCGUGCAUGUGCCUCUUAUCUCACCUGUUGACGCCUUAAGCGAUAGUCUCAUGGUCUACUGGCCAGGAGGCGCCCAAGUAAAGGGAGCUGAAGUAGAAGCCGCCGACAUCGUGGCUGAGCCAGUCAUUCUAGCCUUGCCUUCCGGACUAUCACAGCGGACCUGUACUUGACUCGACAAGUGCUGUCAAGUCCGAGUCCCUACAAAGCUGAAUAGAAAAUCGGGGUGCGGCAAGGGUGUGCUAGUAUCGAUAGCGUGCCAGGACCGAACCCUACGUAUAGCCAUAUAUAAGGCUGGAGGGGAUGUAGAAGUUCCGCGAGAGAUCCUUAAGUGCUCUUCAAGUACUCUCCCCUGCGUCUCUUUGCGUACUGCAACUCGUACCAUGCCUGGAGAUCUCAACCAAGCUGUAUACCUCAAAGGGCUUCCAGACGGCCUUGACUUCACAGUCACUGCCAUCACCCCUUCCAUUCCCGACAAGAGCGGGUGGUCGGCCGGGUACGACCAUGUCGAUCACGGUUCAAUUACUGUCAACGAUGCUGGUACAUGGGACUACCUUCGCCUUCCCUUUAAACUCCUUCCCAACGAUAGGGAUGGCUUAUUAGGCCAUUUCAAGCUGCGUCCCAACAGCGGUCUUUACUGUACCGGCCCCGGUGGAAAGGUCGACGUUACUUUCACAAUCGAAGGUACCACGACAGUCGCUGGCAAAUCCUACACUAUUCCGAAGAAGACAGGAUACAUCUCGGUCUCUUCCAGCGAUUGGUGCGGGUUAGCGCGUCCGGACGUUUCCAACGUCACGUACUCCGUGGCUGGAGUUACUCCCGUCAACCUUUCUGUGACGGUCCAGCCGAACAUCGGGCUUGAUCCCGACGACGCAUACAUAGUCGGUGGCAUCGACAAGGAGAAGAACAACUUUGGACUCAACGCGACCACACAUUCUGACACGCUUAAGACCGUUCUCAGCUACGCUAUCAAAGGAAUUCUUUGGGGCAACGAGAGACUUGCUGGUUGGGCGGUUUUCGAAAUAGUUUUAUAGGGAAGUUGAUUUACAAUUGAACAUGCAGUUUAAUCGGACCGCGAUUGAACAGCAGUUGAACUGCUGGCUAAACUGCGAACGCACUGCGAUUGAACCUAUAGUUUAAUUGAACCUGGAUUGAACCGUGGUUGACCUAGCUGACUAAUUGAGCUGCUAUUGAACCUGUAUUGAACCUGAUUUUGGACUAGGGAGGAUUUUAGACUUCAAGGGAUUUCAGACAAGAAGGGAUCUUAGACUAGAAGGGAUCUUAGACUAGAAGAGAUUCUAGACUAGGAGAGAUUCUAGACUAGGGGAGAUUUUAGACUUCAACAGAUUUUAGACUGGAGGAGAUUUUAGACUAGAAGGGACCUUAGUAUGGACCUGAUUUUAGACUAGAAGAGAUUUCAAAUUAGAGGUCAUUUUGAUUUAAAAGUUAGUUUAGAUUUAAGGCUCUUUUGGACUAGGG